UCAGCCCUGUCAAUCUUCAGGAAUCUCAUUCUAUAUCGCAGGUUGGUGAAUCUAAAAUUGUAAAGUCAUGACCAUUCCUUACAACAGCAGCCUCCAAAAAGCCACCUUCUUUCUGACGGGCUUUCAAGGUCUGGAAGAUCUCCAUGGCUGGAUCUCUAUUCCCUUCUGCUCCAUCUACCUGACGGUUAUCCUUGGGAACCUCACCAUCCUGCACAUCAUCCGAACUGAUGCCACCCUCCAUGAGCCCAUGUACUAUUUUCUGGCCAUGCUGGCCCUCACCGACUUGGGCCUUUGCCUAUCCACACUGCCCACCGUCCUGGGCAUCUUCUGGUUUGAUGCMAGAGAGAUUGGCAUCCCUGCCUGCUUCACUCAGCUCUUCUUCAUCCACACCUUGUCUCUGGUGGAGUCCUCGGUGCUGUUGUCCAUGUCCAUUGACCGCUAUGUGGCCAUUUGCAACCCACUGCGCUACUCCAGUGUCCUGACGCCUGCGCGUAUCGUCAAGAUGGGGCUGAGCUCAGUGCUUAGAAGUGCCCUGCUCAUCCUCCCCUUGCCGUUCCUCCUUAAGCGCUUCCAGUACUGCCGCUCCCACGUGCUGGCCCAUGCCUAUUGUCUGCACCUGGAGAUCAUGAAGCUGGCCUGCUCUAGCAUCAUUGUCAAUCACGUCUACGGGCUCUUUGUGGUGGCCUGCACCGUGGGUGUGGACUCCCUGCUCAUAUUCCUGUCGUAUGCUCUCAUCCUGCGCACUGUGCUGAGCAUCGCCUCCCACCAGGAGCGCCUCCGGGCCCUCAACACCUGCAUCUCCCACAUCUGCGCUGUGCUGCUCUUCUACAUCCCCAUGAUCGGCUUGUCUCUUGUGCAUCGCUUUGGUGAACAUCUGCCCCGCAUUGUGCACCUUCUUAUGUCUUAUGUUUAUCUGUUGGUACCACCCCUCAUGAACCCCAUUGUCUAUAGCAUCAAGACCAAGCAAAUCCGCCAACGUAUUGUUAAGAAGUUUGAGUUUGUAAAAUCACUUAGGUGUUUUCAAAAGGACUAAGUUAGCAGGAAGAGAAAAAAGAGAAAGUUUUGG